UGUCCUCCCGCAGCCACACGCUACCCUCCGCCCGACACCAUGGUGCACUGGACAGCCGAGGAGAAGCAGCUCAUCACCGGCCUCUGGGGCAAGGUCAACGUGGAGGAAUGUGGGGCUGAGGCCCUGGCCAGGCUGCUGAUCGUCUACCCCUGGACCCAGAGGUUCUUUGAUAAUUUCGGGAACCUGUCCAGCCCCACUGCCAUCAUCGGUAACCCCAAGGUCCGUGCCCAUGGCAAGAAGGUGCUCACCUCCUUCGGGGAAGCUGUGAAGAACCUGGAAAAUCUCAAAGCAACCUACUCCAAGCUGUCUGAGCUGCACUGCGAGAAGCUGCACGUGGACCCCGAGAACUUCAGGCUCCUGGGAGACAUCCUCAUCAUUGUCCUGGCCGCCCACUUCACCAAGGACUUCACCCCUGCCUGCCAGGCCACUUGGCAAAAGCUGGUCGGCGUGGUGGCCCACGCUCUGGCCUACAAGUACCACUGAACGCUCCAGAGGAGGAUGCAGCUGUGACAGUCAAUACAAAUAAAA